AUGACCACUAUCAACUUUGCCAACAAUGCCCAGUUGCUAGCUCAGCAAGAAAAGGAGCUGCAAGGGCAGUGGCUGGUCAAGCAGCUAGUUCCGAGAACCAAAGCUACGCAUGCAAGGGCCCUACAAUCCUUGAAGGAGUACCUCAAAGCGGUUUCCAUCAAGGAUGUGGAGCAUCUGUCGACUGCGGAGGUUGGCCAGCUCAGCACCUAUAUCCGCACGGAUCUCGCCGAGGAGCUCCACCUCCGAACAGACUCAAGAACCAAACCGGUCGCAACCACCAUCGACUUGCGUGCGGUUCUUCUGGCUGCUUACAACUGCGCGUGCGGAUGGCCAAUGGUUUGCCACCGGUACGCCUUUACUGGUGUGCUGAAGGUCAUGACGUACUCGGCGUCGAGGCCUGGCAAGCUGCUGCUUUCGCAGCACAACGACAAAGGCAUGAGGUGGCGCAACGUCAAUCUCAUCCAGAGAGUUGUGGAGCAAGAUGGCACAAAAGUUGUCAAACUCCUUGCCAAGCUGGAAUUUUGCAAUUUGAAGGGCAAGACCUUGGACAAGAGCCUUUACAAAGGCCAGGUCUUUGUCCUGGACACACAAGACCUCUUGAUGUGUCCAAUUGUCAACUUGCUUGUCCUGGCCCAUCUUCAGGGCGUCCUUCUCCCCUCCUGCGGUGUCGAGCAGAUCCUUGCCCCCCGCACCAAUCACCUCGUCCUUGGCGAUCACAAGGUCCCCUUUGCCAAAGACGCUCUUGCCCUAAAGGUGUUCCGGGUGCCUGAGUGGCGUUGCGACGCGGACGGAACGAAGCCAGCCGGUCACUUCUGCGACUUCUCCUACGGCUCCCUCGCGAAUUGUCUCGCGUCAGUUGGUCAAUUGGCUGGGAUUGUCGACCACUUGACAACCUACGCCUUUUGUUGCCUAGCUGCCAAUGCCCUCAACAUGCCAGACGUCACGGUGGAAGAUUGCAACUCUGUCAUGGGCCACGCUGCUGCCGGUGUUGCCUACAGGUGCUAUCUGUCCAUGACGUCCUGUCUGGACAUACAAGGUCUGGUUGUGUACGGUCAAGAGCGCAGAGAGGCCCUGCAGCUGCCACUUGUCAGUACGCACCGCUUGCCCUGUGCAGUGUUCGCGGCCGGCAGGCGCGCCGUGCUCGAAUCCGAAGAGGUCCAAAAGCUCCGGGCAGACAUCGAGAAGGCUCAACAGACCGCCAGAAACGAGCUUGGCGAAAUGAGCUUCAGGCAAGCGCAGCGAGCCGGGCUGCCGCAGUGGAAAGAGAUCAAGGCUGCCCACAGUGCUUUGAAUUCCACCGUGCACAAGCGUCUUAAGCAGAUGUGGCACAAGGAGAUCCAGGCUUUGAUCAAGAAGCAGGAUCUUGCAGCGCUCAGUGGCGAAGCACUAGAAAAUCUGGACGCGACAUUUGCCCUGACGGCGGAUGCGCAGCUGCUGGAAAGGGUGGAUGGCGUGGAUGUCUUGUCUUCUUUGGGUGACAUGCCCCUCGACGAUCCGCUGCUCAUUGCGGGGAGAGACGGCGGUGCGGCCGACGACGAGAAUGACGAAAUCGACGUCGACCUUUACUGCGACAACGACAACGGUGACGGUGACGACAACGACAACAACAACAACGACGGUGACGAGCUCUCUACUCCUCCGCCGCCAUGCUUGCCUCGCACGCGCUACGCCGCCACGCUUAAGGGCUUCGACAACCUGGUGUCGGUGUUGAAGGCCGCCAACGGCGUUCCCUCCGACAAGCUGGCCAACGCCGUUCUCUCAAUGACGAUGCCUUGUAUGCUCGAGGGCGAGGUCGUUGAUGAGGCGCCGCCGCCAGCGCAGCCACCUGCGCUUGUCAAGAUGCAGACUUUGCAGGUUUGCCCCUUUUCUUUGCUGUCCUUCAGCCACAAGAAGAUCUGCAAAAAAUUUUCCAGGCGAGACGUAGCCUCUCUUGCGUGGCACCUGGCCAAGAGUCAUGGCACCGCGCCCAAAAGCGGCCAAUGCCGCAUCUGCAAAGCACCGGUCACCUUGACAACAGACCUGACUGCUCAUCUUGAGUCAGCGCAUGACCUCCUGCUUGCUUCUCCAGGCUUGGUCCAGGCUCACAAGGAAAAGGCACCCAAACUGGUCCAGAUGCUCCCUGACUGGACCCACUCGUGCGAGCUUUGCAAAGAGCGAUUCAUUGGUGCAGCAGCGUGGGCAAACCAUUGGACACAGCACAAGGCUGAAUUCCUGGCCGGUGUGCCCAUUCCGCUACCAGGUGCAUCAAGUCAUGUGCCAAAAGCCGGCAUGUGCCCCUUUUGCGUUGCCGGCCGACCAGCCUCUGAGCUAAAGACCUUUGCAAAAAUUCCCAACCUCGUUGAGCACUGCCAGACCGUCCACAUGGCCAAGUACAUGGACUCUGGGGAGAAGGCUGGCGGUGAAGGGUGUAGUGGGCAGAACGCUGCACAGCCCCAGCAGAAGAAGCAGCGCUGCCCCUUCCCUACCUGUCGCAAGCAGGUAGGGAGCUACCUCGACCUCGUCAACCACGUGAUCGACUUGCACAAUGGCCCUCUUGUCGGAGCAAAAGACAAGUUGGCGUUGCGAUGGGACGGCAGGGUUGAGAUGCUAAAGUUUGUAUUAAGUGCAAGGAAGCGCCCAACAAAGGCCAAAGAGGGCUUGACUCCGAAGCAAGCCAAGAAGGUCGCUUUGACUGAGGGGAAGACGACUGCGCUUGCAGACAAGACCAACAAAGCUGGGUAUCGUGUAGCAGCGCAUCCUUUGUAUGAAGAUGUAUGCUGCUGCCACAACACCGAACUACUCCGCUCAAUCUGGUCUCCAGAACUAAAAGACUGCACGCUAAAGCUACACUUCGAGAAACGCGACUCCGACCCUCCUGCCCCACCCAUCGUCCUCAGCCGCUUCAAGACGUAUGCUCACUGGUACGCAAGCCGAGCUGUUGGCGUUCCCGGUCCUCUUGGUACAGCGCAAGGCUCAGCACCGGACGCACUCCCACCUGUUGCUGUCAGCACCGUCUCGCACCACCUCUGUGCCACGGUUGCUGCACUUAGGCGUCUGACUCGCAUCAUCAGCCUCGAUGCGGCCCAAGUGACUCAGCUCACGCUGCACAUCACCACCAACCUCACCAAUGAGCUUCACCUGUCCACUGCCACCUGCAGCAAACCUGUGGCAACUUCUGCAGACCUGCGCGCUCAAUAUGCCUUCACAGGCAUGCUCAAGCUCUUCACUCAGCACAAGUGCAAGGGCUUGCGCUGGAGGGACAUUGAGCUUGUGCGACAGAUCUCUACCAAUUUGAGCAGGAACAAGCAGCUUGACCUAGUGGCCAAUGUCAAAUCCCACCACCUCAAAGGCAAGAGGAUGAACAAUGGCAAACACAAGGGCAACAUCUUUGUGUGGAACACCAGAGAACCGCUCAUGUGCCCGGUCCUCAACCUCUUGGCGCUGGCCUCUCUGCAGGAUGCCUUUGCGCCUGGUGUCAAGCUCGCCUCUGUUCUGCCAGCAAGCCUCGACUCGCUUGAAGUUGGUCAGCGCAGCAUUCUUUGGUGCCCUCGAAAGAGGGACGAAAAGGUCUUUCCCAUGGAAGAAUGGCGCACUUCGAGUCGGAUGACCAAAGAGAAUUCUGGUUCUGGAUCCAGUACUGCUCAUCAAGUUGACCACCUCUGCGACAUGACCUUGGGAAGCUUUGCCUACCACCUUGCUGCCUCAGGAUGCCAGUGUGGGAUUGUUGAGCACCUCAUCCCAUAUGCCUUUUGUUGUCUGGCUGCCAAUGCGCUCAACUGCCCUGACAUCACCUUGGAGGACAGGCAAAGCAUUAUGGGCCACAAUGCAUGCAGCGCUGCCUUCUGGGCAUACCACGCAAUGACAGCAUGGGUGGAUGUGCAAGGCCUUGUUGCAAAUGGUAGCAAGAAUUGCGCUUGCAUUGAGCUCCCAUUGCUCAAGGAUUACCAUCUUCCCAGUGCCGUCUUGGGCACCAUGCUUGGCUACAAGCUUGCAGCGGCGGUCAAGGUGGCGCAGAAUGAGCUAUACCACUUGAUCAAUGCGCGCCUCAUGCACCAGUGGCGGCAAGAGGUUGCAGAAGAGAUUGAGAAGCAGAACUUUGCUGCAUUUUUGGUCAACAUCCUCGAGAGCCCCAGCGCAGAGGCCUUCAGCAACACUGCUGAUGCGCGCCUCCUUGCUUCUCCCUUGGCUGAUGGAGUCAAGGUAUUGACGUCGCUUGGCGACAGCAAUGUGAAGGAGCCUCACGAAGUCCUGGAAUCGCUCAAAGCGAUGCUUCCAGAUGACAUGCUGCACUGCGUGCCAACGGCCGGCCAAGCAACAACACCUGUCCAUCCCAGUGCAGUACCAGCACUCAAAGCCAUAGAAGCGCUCACCUCAUGCCCACUCACGUACCGCAAAGCGAGCAAGUGGAUGACCUGCUCAGAGGUCUCUUGUAACGACGCGUCUUCCGAGUGA